AGAAGGGAACUUACGAUAACAAUCGAUGAUGCCAUCGGGUGCUUAAACAUAUAUAAAUGAAAAUAUAACGCAGAGAGCAGUUAUAGCUCUUGUCGAGUACAAUGAAGGCUGCUCUGUUGCUUGUUGCUGCGCUGGUAGCAGUGGCGGAGGUCCACGGGCAACCAGAAGAGUCUACCACCGUCACCAUUUCGAGUGACAAUCUAACCACCAGCAACAUCACAGCGGAGAGAACAUUUUUGGCGAAGUCAUCGUACACGGGAGAUGACGAUACCAUUUGUGUAGAGUCAGACAACAAGUUCUACUUGUAUGUUAAUGUGUUGAAGCUCUAUUCUUGCUACAACCAGCUACGGAAAGUUUACGUGGUGAAACCAAGGAGUCAGUGUGAACCACACCUUUCAGAUUGUCCCAGGCACUAGGAGUAUUGCAACUCUGUGGCCUCAGCUUGAAGGGACUAUUUCGUCUGCGAGAGACUGAGAUUUAAAUGGCUGUCCUGCUGACUGAAGACAACUUCUGUUUCCAGAGGAGCUAAGAAACUGCAAGAGCGUCAGAACUUAGCUAGUUUACUCAAACAUCUUUCUCUUGUUUCUGUAAUAGUUGUACACUGACGCAAUAAAUGUGUAGUUUCAUGACGUCAACUGUUAUAUUCAAACUGCAGAAGAUAUUCCCUAUCUAUAGGCUUAUUAUUAAUAACAUCAAAUCCAUUACAUCCUUUACUCACACUGACCUCCUAUAAUCCCAAGAUUCAGUUCCAGCCUUAACACAUUGACUGCCACGAGGACACCGGCGGCCACAGGUAAGACUUACGACUGACGCCCUGGCUUGUCCUUCCCUCGCCUGGUUAAUACAUGAAACAUCCGUAAUCCAGAGCAAACUGUGGCUUAUCUGACUAUAGUGUCUGGCAAGUAAUAAGGCAAAUUGGACUGUCAAAUAUCACGCCAAGAUGCGGGUUAACAUUGUCGAUGUAGUAUAAGUGAUCCUGUACCGUCUCAGUUACUAGCCCUUCUGGAUUGAAACUUAAAUACAAGGGCGUGCCGAAAUGUAAUGUCUUCGAAUUAUUGUAUGUGGAAACUUAAAAAUCUUUUUAAUUAAAAUAAAUUUUAAGUAACAUUCUA